AUGCGACGCGUCUUUGCAGGUUUGCGUUGCAUCUCGCGCUGCCUUUUAGCGCUGUCAUCGCGGUCUGUGGCGUCCUACCCGUCUCCCGGGACGUCCCGCAAUGAUUCCAGGAGUGGCCGCAAGAAGUACAACUACCUCAACAGCAAGCGACUCGUGGAAACGGAGAGGGGGCCUCGCAACCGUCGCGAGAUUCGCCUGCGUGAAGACGUUUUUUUCCAUCGCCGCAUUCAGUUUCGCGAAUCGAUUAACGAGUGCGUUGAGAAGGAGAUUCGUUACUUCCCCGAGAGGGUGAAGCAGUACGUGUUUUACAAGAGUAGGACGGAGAACUCCUCGGCGAACGGGUUCCACGGGAUGCGGAAGGCCCCUGGCUGGGUCCAGCGGCGCAUCCUCCACAUCGUUGAGGAUGACAUCCUGAAGCAGCAGCAUCGUGAUCACCUUGUGGAACUGAUUGAGAGCACAGGCACGGUGCCGCCAACGGCGGAGGAGUGGGCGCGCUACACGGAUAAAGAAGGACGAAUAACGAUCAACUUGUACCACCACCACUUUGUAGAGAAACACCUGCGCUUUUUCUGUACGGGAAAGAAGUGCCCCGAGCAACACAGAUCCUUGCAGGCGUUUCUGAUGCUGAAUCGAAAUAACUUUGAUGUCUGCCCCCCGAUGCGGACAUGGUCGCUGCGCCAAGGGCCUGUACGCGACGAGGAACUCGUAGAACGCAGCACGCAAACGGAGGUGCGCGACAUAAUAGCAGAGUUGGCGGAAUUUCAGCGCUCCAACGUGAUGCGGGUGUAUGAUAAACUAACGCCGAAGGAGAAGGAGGCGCUGGUGGAGCAGGCGGAGAGUCAGCGAGAGGAACUCCGCCAUGAGUACGAGCAAGAGCGUCUUUUUGGGUCAAGGUUGAUGUGUGGUGUCGCGGCGCUGAAGGAGGUGCGCUCAAUGACGAGCCCGGCUAUCACGUAUUACAACCAGGAGUACCACAAGUAUGUCAUUCGCUGCGGGGGCUCGGCGCAGGCAACGCUGCGGCGCUCAAAGGAUGUGGUGCCAAGUUGGUUUACGCUUCCGAAGGAAACAAGGAUAAAAUACUACUGCUUUGGGAAACACAAUGAGAUGCACCCCGUCAGCGGGGCUCACCUCUACAUUCGAUACUGUUCUCGGGACUACGGCAUGUGCCGAGAGGACUCGAUGGAGCGGUGGUCGGAACUGUCAGAUUUGCAGAAGGCGGCACUUAACUUUUGUUUUUAUGCGCCCAUCUCUCCACCACGUCGGUCCAACAAUGCCUUCCGUCGAUUUUACUUUAAGCAAUGCCAUCGCCACGGCCUUGUGAUGACGGGGAGGGCCUGCAGCAACCACGCCUUUCUUAGACGUGCGCGCAAGAUAUGGAUGGGCAUGUCUGCAGACGAACGUGCACAGUACGAAGAUAUGGAGUCUUUUUCUUCUGUAUUCCCUCUGCAACCGUCGUCAUCGUCUUCCACCACGAAGGGACAUAGUGCUGCUGCCACGCAGCGUAUGCUUGACUCGUCUUCUACCGCUUCCUCAGCCAGUACUGCGGCGGGGAUAGUGAAGGCACAGCGGGGGAUGCAGACGCCUGUUGCCUCAAGCAUAGCGCACAGUGCCGAGGCAGUGGAGGACACAGAUGAGGAGCAGGAGGACGGCCUGCUUUACUUCAACGAUGAGAUUAUAAUUGACGAUGAACCUCAACAAGAGACGCAAAAGUAUGUGGCAAGGACGCUUUCGCACACGAAGCUGCCUGAGCGAAAGGAGGAACAUGUUGUCUUUACCGUUUAG